GCCACACGGAAGGUUGUUAAACGAACUCACAAAAAAGUGUAGAUACAUUGGCGGAACUUCCUAUGCAUCUCAAACCUCGUAAUAAACUCCGAGUUCUUAAACUAACGAGACUUGAGUUGAAGCCCCAGUUCUGAAGGAGCUUGUACUAAAUAAUUUCACAAUUCUCCUAUAUUUCCAAAUUUGCAGCCACAAUACAAUUGAAAAAUCACAGCUUAUUAAGGUAAUCUUCACUUUACUCUACAGUCUACGCCAUUGCUUUACAUACAUAUAUAUGUUGUUUGGCGCAUGUAAAUAAACAUGGAUAUCCCAUUGUCAAGAUUUCAAUGUUUAUCAUUUGAACAGAUUAAAAAUAGUUGCAAGUUCCCAUUUUUGCACUCGAAUUUUAGAAGAUUACAUGAAAUUUCUUUAAUUUCAAGAAAAUCAAAGAUCCCACUUUUUCAGAUUAGUUGUUCUUAUGUCGAACAAGGUUUGAAACCUAGGCCUGUGCCAAAGCCAUCAAGAAUUGAAGUUGAUGAGGAGAAAGUAAAUGUAGAUAAACCUCGGAUUGGUGGUAAUAGUUCUGGUCUUGCUGGUCAGAUAGAGAAGCUAGUUGUUUAUAAGAGGUAUAAGGAGGCUCUUGAAUUGUUUGAGAUUUUGGAAAUUGAGGGUGAUCAUGAUUUAGGUAGUAGUACUUAUGAUGCAUUGGUGGAUGCUUGUAUUUCGUUGAGAUCGAUUAGAGGGGUGAAGAGGGUGUUUAGUUUUAUGAUCAAUAGUGGGUUUGAGCCAGAUCAGUAUUUGAGGAAUCGGAUGUUGUUGAUGCAUGUGAAGUGUAAGAUGAUGAUUGAUGCGCGAUAUUUGUUUGAUGAAAUGCCGGAGAGGAAUUUGGUUUCUUGGAAUACGAUCAUUGGGGGGCUUGUGGAUUCGGGAGACUACAUUGAGGCGUUUCGGUUGUUCUUAACAGCGUGGGAGGAAUAUUCGGAUCUUGGUGUUGGGUGUCGUAGUUUUGCAACAAUGAUUCGAGCAGCAGCUGGUUUGGAGCGUAUUUCCCCGGGAAGACAAUUGCAUUCAAUUACCGUGAAAAUGGGGAUAGCUGGAGAUGUUUUCCUAUCUUCUGCAUUAAUCGACAUGUAUAGCAAGUGUGGCAACAUAGAUGAUGCUCAGUGUGUAUUUGAUUUGAUGCCCACGAAAACCACUGUAGGAUGGAACUCUAUCAUAGCAGGUUAUGCUCUGCAUGGUUAUAGUGAAGAAGCUUUGGCUAUAUACUAUGAAAUGCUAGAUUCUGGUGUGAAAAUGGACCACUUCACAUUCUCGAUAAUUAUUAGAGUCUGUACGAGGUUAGGAUCUCUAGAACAUGCCAAACAAGCUCAUGCAGGAUUGGUUCGCAAUGGUUUUGGGUUGGAUAUGGUAGCUAAUACAGCGCUUGUGGACUUCUACAGCAAAUGGGGAAGAAUAGAAGAUGCUCGAAAUGUUUUUGAGAAGAUGCCUCACAAGAAUGUCAUAUCUUGGAAUGCCUUGAUUGCUGGAUAUGGAAGCCAUGGCUUAGGAAUUGAGGCAGUCAGGUUGUUUCAUAGGAUGACUUAUGAAGGAGUGAUGCCUAAUCAUGUGACUUUUCUUGCUGUUUUAUCUGCUUGUAGCUAUUCAAACUUACAAGACUAUGGAUGGGAAAUAUUUGAAUCUAUGAGUAGGGAUCACAAAGUGAAGCCCCGUGCAAUGCACUAUGCAUGUAUGAUUGAAUUAUUGGGUAGAGAAGGGCAUCUGGAUGAAGCAUUUGCCUUAAUAAGUGAUUGUCCUUUUAAGCCAACUGUGAACAUGUGGGCUGCCUUGCUGACAGCUUGUAGAUUCAACAAGAAUUUGGUUCUUGGGAAAUUAGCAGCUGAGAGAAUUUAUGGUAUGGAACCAGAGAAGCUUAGUAACUAUAUUGUGCUUUUAAAUGUAUAUAACAGUUUAGGGAAGUCAGAGGAAGCUGCUUCCAUCUUCAACACCUUAAGAAAAAAGGGUUUGAGAAUGUUGCCAGCAUGCACUUGGAUCGAGAUCAAGAAACAAUCUUACGUUUUUCAUUCUGGAGAUAAGUCGUAUGCCCAAACAAAAGAGAUAUACGAGAAUCUAGACAAACUGAUGCUUGAGAUCACAAAACAUGGCUAUGCCCUUGAGAACAACACCUUGCUUCCUGAUGUGGAUAAACAAGAAGGGCGGUUGCAACUGUAUCACAGUGAAAAGCUGGCGAUUUCUUUUGGACUGUUAAACACUCAGGACUCAACACCAUUGCAUCUUGUGCAGAGUCACAGAAUUUGCAACGAUUGUCACAAUGCAGUAAAAUUAAUAGCAAUGGUAACUAAUUGUGAAAUUGUAUUGAGGGACGCCAGUAGAUUCCAUCGUUUUCAGGAUGGGAAGUGUUCCUGUGGUGAUUAUUGGUGAAGAAUAUGCUUUUAAUCCCUUAAAAUUGUGCUCUUCCGCGCCUAAUUAGAACCAUAGACUUUUGCAUACAUAUUCACAUUACUUCUUACAUAAUUAUGUAAAGAAUCCAAGAUUGCUAUAUAAAGUAUUUGUUACAAGUUUGUUGGUUUGAUUCUUCAAAUUAUGUACAGAGAAUUUAGUCCGAAAUUGUGUUUUCCCUGUUGGCAAGUUAAUUCUUUCUGCUC